CGCCGCGUUGAUUCGCUAUCAUGUAUAAGUAGACAAGAACAACUUGGAACGUUGACCAUUUUCUCAAUCAACAUACGUUAGGUAUGGCUGGCACUUUAUCUUGAUGGCUCUAGUACAAUACUCAGAUUCCGAAUCUGACACGGACGAUCGUCGCUCCUCAAGUGCCUCGCCACCUAGACCGGCAAAGAGAUUACGGCAAGAUAGUCGCCCUUCAAAACCCAAAGAAACGUCUUCGUUGCCAGCGCUGCCUGCAAACUUUCACGAUCUGUACGCGUCUAGCACGAGAGUCAGUGUGAAAGACGAUCCUAGUCUUCAUGGCGGCCGCAAGCGCGUCAUUCCUCACGUCGAGGGAAACUGGCCGACCCAUCUAUAUCUCGAGUGGUAUCCAUCAAAACCAGAACUAGAUGUUCUGAACAAUAUCAUCUCUCAAGUCCGAAAUCAGCUUGGCCAGAGCAAUAUCAAGGUCCACAGUCUGCUCCAGAAUGACCUGGGAGUUUACCUUCCGCUUCACAUCAGUCUAUCGAGACCCGUAGUCCUCGUGACUGAGCAGAGACAGCAAUUCUUGGAUCUGUAUCAAAAAGCAAUUGUACAUUCGGAUAUACGACCGUUUCACGUCACUCUAGAGGAACUGGAUUGGGUUUCUAAUUAUGAGAAAACGCGCUGGUUCCUGGUUCUGCGCGUGAGCAAGCCGGAAAAUGACAGUUUGAACCGCCUUUUACGGAUAUCGAACCAAUGUCUAGCCUCUUUCGGUCAACCGCCGCUGUACGAGAGCGCUGCCAAGUAUCCUUCUCUAUCGCGUGGGAAGGAUAAAAGCGGUACUUCUCGCGGGAAAAGAAAGGAAGAUCCCCAGAGAGAGGUUACAGAGUCUACUAUGGAUUAUUCGAAUUUCUUUCACAUAUCUAUUGGAUGGAACCUCGAGGAACCAUCUCCGCAGGAUAGAGUGCGUGUCAGCUCAAUAGAUCUUGGGAAGGUAAAAGAACUGAAAGUGCAUUUUCUCUCGGUCAAGGCGAAAAUUGGAAAUACUGUGUCGAAUAUAGAUCUCCAAACGAAGUCCCUGGAAGAGAGGGGUUUCGUGGGGCUUUAAUGAGUGAUUACAUGUUGAUAUCGUGAAAAUGAAAAUUGAAUAGUUAAAUGGUUGCGUACAACAACAGAGCCAUUCGAUAUCGCUUUAUAAUAACCAACAACCACGCGGUCA